AAGAAAAGGCCCACCGACAGCGCCCUCCCUUCGAGUAAAAAUCGAGGUCAACAUGCACAGCAGUGUAAAGUGUUAACGGUGAUGGUUGUAGAUCUAUUUACUUCCCUGAAAUUACUUGAAGAUGGAUCCAGGAAGUUCCCAGUUUGGGAAAAGCAAAGGUUGUGAAAUGGGCCAAAUUUAUAAAAAUGUGGAUCACAGUAAACCAGAAUCCUAGCUUUGGGCUGAUUUGUCUUCUAAAAGACUGCUUUCAAAUGGUCCUUGACUUCAGCCAUUGAAACAGCUGGCCAAGUAGUUUUUAUUGGCCAUGUUUCGCAAUGUAUUUAGUGGAUGUGUUUCUGACCGUAGCUCACAAGCAGAAGUACUGCGAUCUCAAAAAUUAAAAUUUGGGGCCUCUCUGUCUUCAGCUUUGAAGCAUGGUUACUUGCCAGGGCCUCUUGUGGACAUACUGGUACACAUUGCCAAAGAAGGCGUCACAACUGCUGAUGUUUUUCGACGUCCUGGAAAUCCAAAUGACACAAGAAGAAUUGUGAAGAGACUGACAGAAGGAAAACAAGUCAUCUAUGCUAAUUACAGUUUCUAUACUCUCGCCUCUGUAGUUAAGAAAUUUCUUCUCAAGAUUCCUGGAGGUAUCUUCUCACCUGAAGGAGAGGAAGCAUUACUGAGAGUUCUCACACUGACUCAGAAAAUGGAUCAAAUUGAAGCUGUGCAUAGCUUUAUAGAAAAGUUAUCUCCUGCCCAUCAGCAGCUCAUUUCCUUGUUGUUUGGCACUUGGUUUCGAAUAGUCACUUAUCAGGAAAAGAAUUGCAUGUCAGUGGAGGCCUUGUCUCGUAGUGUUGCUGGCAGCAUGUUUCACACUUGUGCAGAAGAUCCAGCAAAGGUGGAAAAAGCAAGUCGCAUCAUGCAGUUUUUGAUAGAUAAUUUUGGAGUCGAGAGAAUGUUCGGUCAAGAAAACCUUAGGUUUUUUGCAGAGACAACCCAUACUGGCAUUCAUAUACGAGAACUAUAUCGGUAUAGUUAUCGGCCAGAUUCACAACUCAUUCCACGAAAGCAGGCUGUUCGUGUGUUUGAUGCAUAUAUUGAAAAAGAAGCUUCCAAGUAUGGUUUUGACUUGGUUCAGAAUGCCACAGCACCAGAUUUAAUAGAAGUCACUAAAAUGAAUGAAGAAGAUGACGAGAAUGAGGAUUGUGGUCUUGGGAAGGAGCGAGAGCUUAGCGAGAGCCCACCAACAUCUCCCACUGCUCUUCGUCACUCGGACAUGUCCCGGGAUACAGAUGAUCAAGAUGAUUCUCACAUUAUGCUCAAUGUGUCCACACUUUCAGCUCCUGAAGUAUCAUUGGUUCCUUCCCCAGAAGUUUCAAAGCGUCCGAAAUCAUUGGAAGACAAUUUAAAUGAUGUACGUUCUCAUUAUCAAAGCCGGUGCCUCAGUAGAUUUAACUCUGUAAAGCGCAAGCAGUUAGAAAGGUUGAGACAAAGGUCAGACUGGUUUCUGAGUCCAACAGUGAGGGAACGCAACAACAGUCGAAAGGGCAGGUGUGAAAGUAGUCUGGUGUCUAGCACCAUCAGUAGCAGCAGCCAACACCAUGGUGGCAACGGUAAUGGUGGGGGCCAUAACACUACUCAUUCUAAUGGCAGCAAAGUCCUGCAACAAAAAAACUCAGGGAAUUCUGUGGUUACCAAAGCAUCUUCAGAAGGAGCUGUCCUAGAAGGAUUUUCAGAUGGUGACAGUGUCUUCACAGACAACACGAGCAGAAGUGAGUCCCCUGCCUCUGAGCCUGUAUGGUCGCACAUACUCAAGGUGCAUUCUCGAGAUAUCAUUCACAGUGACACCAUUGCAGAGCUAGGUGCUCCGGGGAUGAGCUUGUACGGAGGAAGUGGUGCAGACCUGAGCCUGGAUUCACAUGACAAUGUCAGCAGUCACUAUGCUGGUAUGUCUCUUGGGAGUCAGCUGGAUGAAGAAGAAGAAGACAGAAUGAGAGGCUACGAGGAAGGGGACGAUGAGCCGGAUGAUGAUGAAGAUAACAACACACCUACUGGGGUCCAGGAAGAAGAAGACACAACACUCAUGACUUCCUCAUUACCUGAUCUGCAGCAGCAGUGCGUUGGGGAUGACAGUAGCUCACGCAGCAAGGAUUCUCCGCUGGACCCUUUUGAAAUUGCAAAUGACUCUCGGCUCCAAAGAUUUGGCAGCCUUAGAGGUAGCUUUAAAACUCAACUCCAAGCUAUAGAUCAUCAGGCAACUGCAGGUGCAGAUCUUACAAAUGGGCAGCAAAAACAGCAUAAUCCAUUAGAGGACAAGGCACACAUUGAUAGUGUGAGGGACCCAGCUGGACAUGGUGAGCAACAACAGGAGGCAGAGAUUGUUCAGUGUUUUCUAGUGGAGCGCACAUAUGGAGGUCAAACUUUAGAUUCCUAGCAGCAACUUGUAGCAAAGCAGUUUGAGGAUUUGCACUUUGAUUUGAUAAGUUGAGCCUAAUACUUUCAUUUUCUCCUUAGUUGUUUUGGAAAUAUAUUUCUAUUUAUAUAAGUUCCACACUGCAUUAUACCAAUGAAAAUGUUGCAAAAACUUUGUGAGUUUAUUCACAACAAACACACUACUAGUCAAUGUCACUAUAAGUCAUCAGCUUUUUCAAACUCUGCUUAAUGAUAUAUCUAUGGCUACUUUAUGUCCAGGGUUUAUCAGUGGAUUUAUUUUUGUGUUUGUACUAUAAUUUAUAUUUCUUUUCAAACCAAACAAACCUGACACCAUCUGACAAUAUAAAGGCUAUCCCAAAGACUCACUAUCAACCACACUCUAAGCACUUAGUAUUCCUAGUAUUUUUGUUCAUAUAUGCAAUGCAAACUGUUUCUCGUUGUUCACAUAUAGUGUUCAGCCCUGUUUUUUGAUGGUGGUGUCAAUUUUGUUUUGCUUUGAUACUAAACAGUCAAGAAGAUCUGGCAAUACUACUAGUCUUGACAAUUUUGUUCAUUUUAUUGGCUAGAAAGUUACAUCAUAACAUUUUGUUUUCAUUUCUGAUUAGACUAAAGUUGGUUUCUUCUAGGCAUGUCAACUUUAUUUUUUGUUCAUUUCAGAUGGGAUUACUUUAUAGUCUGCUAGUUUCAGAUUGGAAUCUGUUCGUUUAUAAUAAAAGAAAUUCUAAUGUCCUUUAUUUUUUACUCAGUAGUGGGUUGUUUUUUGGGGGAUUUUCCAUUUCAACCAAAAUCAUUUCAUUCAUUACACUGUGUGCCACAAAUGUGAACACAAGAUAGAAUUCUAUUUUAACCAAGCUUCAAAAUUCCAAUAUUUCCAUUCUAAUUGGUACCUAUUCUUUAUGUGCUGGGUAGCUGUGAAGAGAUAAAAAAAAAUUCCACACUGAGAGAUCCAACUGUCCAAGUCUGUCUGUUACAGGGUGUGUACAGAGUUUGGAAACUGAUUUUCUACUUAGAAUCUCCAGUAUUUUUUUGAAGUCAGUUUUUUUUUUCCUUACUGUUAUUAAAUCCAAUUAAUUAUAUUAUUGAAUUAUAACCAGUUUGUUGAUUUUAUAUUUCAAUCUGUCCAUUAGAAAAUUUAAUUUGGUGUAACCUAUAUACUUUGCCUAUUUUGUUUCUCAGUCUAAUCUUAUUUUCCAAGCUUUUCAAUGACUAUUUAGUGAUACAAAUAUUUCUGUAUAUUUCAUCAUGUCUCAAUUUUUUCUUCUUUUUUUAAAAAAUCUAUAAUUUUAUUGAAUGGCUGGCUUUACGUAGUAGAUUAAUGCUUUGGUUUUUGUUGUCGUUUUGUUGGUGUGCUAUUUUUAUAUUGAAACCAAAAUGUCAAUAGAAAUCUAUUUACUUGUUGUAUUCAUUGUGUUUUUUCUUUUAGUCACUAUGUCAAACCUUUAUAUUUGCAUUGGAUUUUUUUUUUAGACAACUCAAAAAGUUACCACCAUUCCUUAGUUCUCAAUUUUUCUGUGAGAUUCCAUGUUUGUCAAAACUUGCCUAUAUGGAACACUUGACAGUUUAGACUGAUUGAACACUUACAGUUAGGGUACUGGGGAAUACAUUUGUUUUAUUGGAAAUUAUUACAAUGGGAGGAUUAACGUGAGGAAAAUAUUCAAGUUUUAAUGAUCUUUUAUUUGGUAAAAAGAAAUCUACUAUCAAGCCUUUAGGGGAAACGACGAUGUGAUUUGAUAAGUAGGUCUGGGUCAGUUACAGAGAAAAUAGUUGCUUAGUUGUUUCUUAUAGUAACACUUAUUGUAAAACUAAAAUACAUGCAAACUGUUGUACACUAGAUUUCAACGAGAAACAAAAUAUUUUCUGUAACUUUGCUUAGAGCUGAUUGCCUACAUCCUAGUAGUGAGCCAAAUCAUGGGGACAGAAAACUAGUUUCCCAGACAGUGGAGAGACAAACAACUGAGAAACACCUCUGGCAGCAUGGUACUCUCUGUUGUAGGCUAGCACGGGCUGGUGGGAUCAAUAGUGAGAUUGUCAUGACCUAUAUACAGGUGCCUUUGUUGUUUUUUUUUUCAAUCUUGCAAAACAAUGUCAUUGGUAUGUUUGUAUUCAUGCUCACAUAAACUAUAUUUGUUUUUUGAUUUUUUCAAAUCUUAAAAUAUAUCAUAAUGUUUAUUUUUUUAUUUUUUUUUGUGUAAAUGUCAGAAAUUAAUUAGCAGUAUUUUUUACUUUUGUGCUUGUAGUUCUAGCUAAGUUUGAAUUUUUUAUGUUUUUGCCUUGUCAUUGUUCUGUCCUGGGAAUGUCAUAAUUAAUUGAUGUCUUUCACUCCUUUUUUUUUUUUUUUCAAUCAGCAAAUGUGAAUUCCUUUACAUUUUUUUUAAAGUCUGGAUUCUUUAGUCAUGUGAUAUGACCCAUGUUACACCUUUGAUUCAAUCCAACAUUUGAAUAGAAGGCUGUGAGUUGAAAUCCUUCUCAUUCAAGUGGUGAUUGCUGUACAUGAUGUUAUAGCGUGACAAUAGUGCUUAGUAGAUGAACAGGAGAACAGCAGAAGUCAAGCAAAACAUUUUGAUCUUAAGCAAGUUGUUCAUUUUUAAGUCUUGUGAUUAGAAAAUGUCAUGUGAUAACUAGUAAGUGAUAUUUCUAACGAACAUGAAGAGUAAUUUAACAGUACAAAUAUUGAUAUAUUUUUGUUAUAAAAUUGUGAACAUUUUUGUUAUGUUGUAGAUUUUAAGGCUGGCCGUUUGUCAAAAUAAUAUGAUGACCUAGAAAUUACUUUAAAAACAAAAAAAAAAGAAAUUUAAAUAAAAAAAAAAAAAGAAAUUAAAGUCUGUGGAUUUUUGUUUCUUCAGGAAAUCAUUUGUUCUGAAAGGUAGUGGUGAAUGUUGUUCCCUCUGAAUUGUUUGCUUUGUAGAUCAGCUCUAGGAUUUGUUACCUAGCUGAAGGUUGGAGUGGUUAAAUCUUGGGGAAAACAUGUGAAUAAUCUAACAACAUGUUUUCAAUAGCAUCUACUUAGUCUUUAGUAUUAACAAUUCAUAAAGUCAAAAGUAAAUUUGUACUUAAUAAUUUAUAUUUUUUGUAUGCAAAAAUAUUGAUCAUUUCAAAAUUAUUAUUUUGUUCUGUGUAAGUAAUUUAUUCAAAGUGUCAGUUGAGUGUUGCGUCCAGAAUUUGUUCAGGUUUGAACUAGUUGACGUUUUGUUUUCGAUGCUUUUGAUUUGAUAAAAACCUUUGAGCAUACAAGCAAAACUAAGAAUAAUUUGAACUGUAUUUCCUCAGAUUUGUCUCUUCUAUUGCAAUGUAAGCCAAAAUAACACUGUCAAUAAAAAGUAUUCAAUUAUUACAAACUUUGAUGUGUAUCCUAUUAUUGCUUUUUUUUUUCUGUAUGUGCUUUUGAUAUGAAAUAAUAAGAUCUAUUUUAAUUUACAUGGAAAUAUUUUUAUAUGAUGAAACAUUUUUUUGUUUUGUUUUUUUUUUUAGACUUCUUGAUAUUUUGUCUUGAUAUUGUGUCUAUUGAUCUGGGCCCAUAUGGCCCCCCUUAUGGCCUAAUGUUUGUGUUUGUUGAAGGGCAAGGUCAUUUCAAGGAAGGGCAUGUGAAUCUAGUGCCUUGGGACUUGUUUCUGAUGAUACGACUUGUCCACUAAACCUAGUUGACCAACUUUUUUGUUUUUUAAAAUUGAUUUCAACAAAAGCAAAGCUUACAUUAGCCAACACAUUUCCCCUACUUAAUGGUUUGUACUGAAUAGUUUAUAUCUAAAAAAAAUAAAAAUUUUUUGUUACAUUUAAUUUCAAAACAAAAACAACUGAUAUUUUAAUUCAUGUAUAAUGUUGAUUGAAAUAGAGGUUUGACAUUUUACAAAAUGAUUGAAAUUCAUGUUUAUAUUUGAUUCCAUGAGUUUUUCUGUGUAUUUUAAAUGUAUGUUUAAUGUAUCUUGCUUGAAACCUACAGCAUGUAUAGUAUUGUUUGGCUUUAUCUCACAGUCAGCACCACUCUGCUUGUUACAUUUUUUUUCCCCUAGAUAUCUGGAUCUUAAACCAAGAUGUAAACCAAGACUGUCUUUGGUUGUUGUUGUUUCAAUUUUGUGUUCUUUACUUGGUGCAGGUGAAGCUAGUGUAGUGUUGGCUGCAAAUAGAGUCUUUUGUGUUCUUGGGAUUGUGCUUUCUUUGACUUCAUUGUAUAAGAUUAGUAAAGGCAAAACUUUUUUUUUUGUUUUGAUUUUGUAAAGAUACUUAGAGCUGUGCUAAACCUAGAGCUGUGUUUGAAAUGGAAUCUCUUAGCGGCAAGAACAAUUUUUAUUGACUUGAAGGCUUUAGUUGAAAACAACUCAGACUAGUCAUCGCCCACAUGCAACAAUCAUAAUUUAUUGAUUCAUGCAGUCAACAGCUUUUAAAAAAUUGUUUUCUAUUUUGGUGUGUGUGUGUGUGUGUGCAUAUCCCUCCUUUUACCAUGUUUUCUAUGCAUCACUUCAAAUAUUUUGUGCAUAUAACAAAAAACUUUUUUUUUUAAUUUUGUCAAAUAGUAUUAACUUUAAAAAUGUCAUUUGAACAUAGCUUACUUUUGUUUUUAUUUUGUAAUCCAUGACCUAUAUACAACAGUUUUAUUUCUAAUGACAUUGUAAUGAAUGUAUUUAGACCAACAAAAAAUAUUUUUGAAGUUGAAAUAUUUUUUUCUUUUCAAUUAUUGUAAUCUAGAGUGGCAGACAGAAAUUAAAUUGAGUAAAAAAAAUGUAUCAAUCUGUGGAUUAAAAAUGCUCAAUUUUUUUAUUUUCUAGAAAGUAUAAUAAAGUCUAGAAUGGGGCUGUAACAUACACGUUUUUUGCUGUCUUUUUUAAGAGAAAAUUGUGUGGCCUGUGCAAUGAUUGUUACCUUUUUAUUUCUUGUAACUGUGUCAGCUGACAGAUGCUCUGAUCCAUACAUUAAUUUAAACAAAUGUUGUCUACAAAACUGAUGAAGAUUUUCUUGAAUAAGUUUUAUUUAGUUAUCAGACUAGUAGGUUGAUGGUGAUAAGGCUUAAUAGUUUUUACAUUUAUUCCCCCUGUCUCUUGCUUUCUAAUACCUGGCAACAGAGUGGAAACUAUUUCAUUUUCUGCUGUUACAAAUGUCUACACUAGAGACUCUCUGAAUGUGCCUCAAUUUAAAGCAACUUAAAGAAAGGUUUGAAAUCUUUUUUUUUUUUGAUUGCUGAGUAAUGUCAAGUGUGACACUACUUCAGUUUAGAUCAGUUGAUUCAGUUUAGAUCAGUUGAUUCAGUUUAGAUCAGUUGUUUCAGUUUAGAUCAGUUGUUUCACAACUUGUACAACUUUAAUUUAAACUGUCAAGAAUUAAAAUAUCUUUAAAAUUAAGCAUUAGAAUGUUCUGUUUCUAUUACAGAUUUGAGUGUAGGCCAAAAUUGAGAACACAUAACUUUGUGAUAUUGCUUGAGAUCGAAGAUUUCCACUAUUUAGAAUACAUCCAAUAAUCAAUUAUAAAAAUUUAAAAAAAUUUGUGAAAAAAAGUUUUUCAGAAUUUACUUGCAAGUCAUUUGACAAUUUUUUUAAAUGUCCACCAACAAUGACUUGGAUGACAACUUUUGUUUCUACAAACCAAUGACUUGCAUGACAACUCUUGUUUCUACAAACCAAUGACUUGGAUGACAACUCUUGUUUCUACAAACCAAUGCCAAUGCUAGAGUUGGGUGUAGACAGAGAACUAAUUAUCUCCCAGUGUGUGAUACUAUUUCCCAUGCCAGCUAGAUGUAGACUUUCUGAAUGUUGUGUGCAGGUGUCUGUGUGCUGACAGUCAAUGCUUUGAUCUUCAUUUCUCACUCACAUUUUCAACUGUUUCCUUAAUGGCUUUGAAAAUGUUCAUUUUUUUUAAAGAAUAAAAUGUGUAUAAAUAUUCA